AAGUAGAUUCCCGCCCAGAAUCAAUGACUCGCCUAAAUGGACGCGUUUUGCACAAACAGAGGGGGAGGGGGGUAUUUGAUACGGUUUGGCAUACUUGUGGGGUAGUUUGAUCUGGUUUCACGAGGUUGGGCUUAUUUGAUCCUUCGUGCCAAGUUCAGGGGGUUUUUUGAAUCUUUGUUCAAUAGGUAUUUGAAGAUUUUUUUAUAGCUCAUUGGCUUGUCGUAAAAAUGAAGUUACUGUCUUUUCUCACUACAAGGACAACCUUAACACCAAAGCACUACCUAACUAUAUCAUCUUCAACCAACACCCUGCUGUCCUUAGACUCAUACUGUGCUCCCAAUCCCCAGGAGUCUGUUUACUCAAAUAACAGAAUAAUCAACGGAUUAAUCAAAACUAGACAGUUAGGUCAUGCGCACAAGUUGUUUGAUGAAAUGCUUAUACGAGAUGUUGUUACCUAUAACUUAUUAAUUUCUGGACAUGGUAAGCACGGAGUUCCUACACAAGCUCUCUGUCUUUACAGUGAAAUGAUUUCACUAGGAAUAAGAGAGAGCCCAUCAACAUUCUCUUCUGUUUUAUGUAUCUGUGGUAAUAACUCCGGGUUUUUCGGAGAGGGAGUUCAAGUUCAUUGUAGAGUUGUGAAACUAGGAUUUGGAUUCAAUUUGUACAUUGGUAGUUCAUUAGUGGGUCUUUAUAUGCACAUGGGACUUGUGGAUUUGUCUUUAAGGUUGUUUGAUGAAUUGCCUGAGAGAAAUGUAGAGUUAUGGAAUUUGGUUUUACGCGGGUUUUGUGAACUCGGUAGAUUUGAUGAGUUAGUAGGAUUUUACUAUGAUAUGAAAGAAGAUAAUUUGGAGUUAAAUGGCCUUACAUUUUGCUAUUUGAUUCGUGGAUGUUGCGAUAAGAGGUUUUUCAAUGAAGGGAGGCAACUUCAUAGUCAUGUAAUUAAAAUUGGGUGGGUUGACUCGAAUGUUUUCGUUGCUAAUGCUUUAGUAGAUUUUUACUCUGCCUGUGGGGUUUUAAGGGAUGCAGAGAUAUCAUUUCAGGGAAUUCCAUUAGAGGAUGUUUUAUCUUGGAAUUCAAUGUUGUCAGCCUAUGCAGAUAAUGGCUUACUUUUUUAUGCUGUUGAACUAUUUUAUAUGAUGCAGUAUUGGGGUAAAAAACCAUCGAUUCGUUCCUUUGUCGGGUUCUUAAAGCUGUGUAGUUUGGAUGGUGAUAUUAUUUUUGGAAAGCAGAUUCACUGCUGUGUAUUGAAGCUGGGUUUUGACAAUGGGAGUGUGCAUGUACAAUCUGCAUUAAUUAGCAUGUAUGGGAAAUGCUUUGACAUAAAAAAUUCGGUUUCUGUGUAUGAAAAUCUUCCUAAGAGAACUUUGGAGUGUUGUAACUCAUUGAUGACGUCUUUGUUGCAUUGUGGUAUUGUUGAUGAUGUGGUUGAGAUGUUUGGUCUGAUGGUGGAUGAAGGAAUUGGACUUGAUGAGGUUACUUUUUCUACGGUGUUAAAAGCAUUAUCAGAGGCCUGUUUAAUAAGUUUGGCUAGCUGCAGAUUGGUGCACUGUUGUGCAAUAAAAUUGGGGUUCGAAUCUAAUAUCUCGGUUUCAUGUUCUUUGAUGGAUACAUAUUCUAGGUCUGGUAAUGUUGAAAUUUCACUACAGGUUUUCAAACAACUUUCUUCACCAAAUGUCUUCUGUUUCACAGCAAUCAUCAGCGGAUUUGCCCGAAACGGAUAUGGAAGAGAAUGUUUUGAGAUACUUAAGACAAUGAUCCAAAAGGGUCUGAAACCUGAUAAAGUGACAUUCUUGUGUGUGUUAAAUGGGUGCAGCCAUUCUGGGUUGGUUGAUGAAGGAAAACUGGUUUUCAAUUCAAUGAUGUCUGGCCAUAGUAUUUCCCCGGAAAGGGAGCAUAUAUCCUGUAUGGUAGAUCUUUUGGGACGAGCAGGUAUACUUGAAGAAGCUGAAGAUUUGCUGCAACAGACACCGGAAAGGGGAGAUUCUGUUAUGUGGAGCUCAUUGUUGAGAAGUUGUAGGAUUCACAGGAACGAAAUGGUGGGAAGAAGAGCAGCAAAGGUAUUGUUGGAAAUUGAUCCAGAAAAUUUUGCAGUUUAUCUGCAAGUAUCCAACUUCUACUCAGAAAUUGGGGAAUAUGAAUCGUCAGUUCAGGUUAGAGAGAUUGCCUUAGCAAGGAAGAUGACCAAGGAAAUUGGUCGUAGCUUUAUUGAUAUUCGUAGUUGCCAUUAA